AUGGCGGCGUGUGGACGUGUACGGAGGAUGUUCCGCUUGUCGGCGGCGCUGCAGCUGCUGCUGCUCGCGGCGGCCGGGGCCCAGAAACUCCCGGGCCAGGUCGGCCACGGCCAGGGCCAGGGCCCGGGGGCCAACUUUCCGUCCUUUGUAGGGCAGACUGGAGGAGGCGGGCAGGCGGGUCAGCCGCUGCUCCAGAUGCCUCAGUCAUCUCAGCUCCAGCACCAGCAGCAGCCACCGCAGCAACCGCCUCAGCCGCCGCAGCCGCCUUUCCCGGCGGGUGGGCCUCCGGCCCGGCGGGGCGGAGCGGGGCCCGGCGGGGCUGGCGGGGGCUGGAAGCUAGCGGAGGAAGAGUCCUGCAGGGAGGACGUGACCCGUGUGUGUCCCAAGCACACCUGGAGCAACAACCUGGCGGUGCUCGAGUGCCUGCAGGACGUGAGGGAGCCUGAAAAUGAGAUUUCUUCAGACUGCAAUCAUUUGUUGUGGAAUUACAAGCUGAAUCUAACUACAGACCCCAAAUUUGAAUCUGUGGCCAGAGAGGUUUGCAAAUCUACCAUAUCAGAGAUUAAAGAAUGUGCUGAUGAACCAGUUGGAAAAGGUUACUUGGUUUCCUGCUUGGUGGAUCACCGAGGCAAUAUCACUGAAUACCAGUGUCACCAAUACAUCACCAAGAUGACGGCCAUCAUUUUCAGUGAUUACCGUCUAAUCUGUGGCUUCAUGGAUGACUGCAAAAAUGACAUCAACAUUCUGAAAUGUGGCAGUAUUCGGCUUGGAGAAAAGGAUGCACAUUCACAAGGUGAGGUGGUAUCAUGCUUGGAAAAGGGCCUGGUGAAGGAAGCCGAAGAGAGAGAUCCCAAGAUUCAAGUCUCUGAACUCUGCAAGAAAGCCAUUCUGCGGGUGGCUGAGCUGUCCUCAGAUGACUUUCAUCUAGACCGGCAUUUAUAUUUUGCUUGCCGAGAUGAUCGGGAGCGUUUUUGUGAAAAUACGCAAGCUGGUGAAGGCAGAGUGUAUAAAUGCCUCUUUAACCAUAAGUUUGAAGAAUCCAUGAGUGAGAAGUGUCGAGAAGCACUAACAACCCGCCAGAAGCUGAUUGCCCAGGAUUAUAAAGUCAGUUAUUCAUUGGCCAAAUCCUGUAAGAGUGACUUGAAGAAAUACCGGUGUAAUGUGGAGAACCUUCCACGGUCUCGGGAAGCAAGGCUCUCCUACCUUCUGAUGUGUCUGGAGUCAGCUGUGCAUAGAGGACGACAAGUGAGCAGUGAGUGCCAGGGGGAGAUGUUAGAUUACCGGCGCAUGUUGAUGGAAGACUUUUCUUUGAGCCCCGAGAUCAUCCUGAGCUGUCGGGGCGAGAUCGAACACCACUGUUCUGGAUUACAUCGAAAAGGGCGAACUCUGCAUUGUCUAAUGAAAGUAGUUCGUGGGGAAAAAGGGAACCUUGGAAUGAACUGCCAGCAAGCGCUGCAAACACUGAUUCAGGAGACGGACCCUGGCGCAGAUUACCGCAUUGAUAGAGCUCUCAAUGAAGCUUGUGAAUCUGUUAUACAGACGGCCUGCAAACACAUAAGAUCGGGAGACCCAAUGAUCCUCUCGUGCCUGAUGGAGCACUUGUACACGGAGAAAAUGGUGGAAGAUUGUGAACACCGUCUGUUAGAGCUGCAGUAUUUCAUCUCCCGAGAUUGGAAGCUGGACCCUGUCUUAUACCGCAAGUGCCAGGGAGAUGCAUCUCGUCUUUGCCACACCCAUGGUUGGAAUGAAACCAGUGAACUUAUGCCUCCCGGAGCUGUGUUCUCCUGCUUAUAUAGACAUGCCUACCGCACGGAGGAACAGGGCAGGAGGCUUUCACGAGAGUGCCGAGCAGAAGUCCAAAGGAUCCUACACCAGCGUGCCAUGGAUGUUAAGCUGGAUCCUGGCCUUCAGGAUAAAUGCCUUAUCGAUCUGGGAAAAUGGUGCAGUGAAAAAACAGAGACUGGACAGGAGCUAGAGUGCCUCCAGGACCACCUUGACGACCUGGCUGUAGAGUGCAGAGAUAUAGUCGGCAACCUCACUGAGUUAGAAUCUGAGGAUAUUCAGAUCGAAGCCUUACUGAUGAGAGCCUGUGAGCCCAUAAUUCAGAACUUCUGCCACGAUGUGGCGGAUAACCAGAUAGACUCUGGGGACCUGAUGGAGUGUCUGAUUCAGAACAAACACCAGAAGGAUAUGAAUGAGAAGUGCGCCAUUGGAGUUACCCACUUCCAGCUGGUGCAGAUGAAGGAUUUUCGGUUUUCUUACAAGUUUAAAAUGGCCUGCAAGGAGGAUGUGUUGAAACUUUGCCCCAACAUAAAAAAGAAGGUGGACGUGGUGAUCUGUCUGAGCACCACUGUGCGCAAUGACACUCUACAGGAAGCCAAGGAACACAGGGUGUCCCUGAAGUGCCGCAAGCAGCUGCGGGUGGAGGAGCUAGAGAUGACAGAGGACAUCCGUCUGGAACCAGAUCUGUAUGAAGCUUGCAAGAGUGACAUCAAGAACUACUGUUCCACUGUGCAGUAUGGCAAUGCUCAGAUUAUUGAAUGCCUGAAAGAAAACAAGAAGCAGCUAAGUACUCGUUGCCACCAGAAAGUUUUUAAGCUACAGGAGACAGAGAUGAUGGACCCGGAACUAGACUAUACACUUAUGAGAGUCUGCAAGCAGAUGAUAAAGAGGUUCUGUCCAGAGGCAGAUUCCAAAACCAUGUUGCAGUGCUUGAAGCAAAAUAAGAACAGUGAAUUGAUGGAUCCCAAAUGCAAACAGAUGAUAACCAAGCGCCAGAUCACUCAGAACACAGAUUACCGCUUAAACCCUGUGCUAAGGAAAGCCUGUAAAGCUGACAUUCCUAAAUUCUGCCAUGGUAUCCUGACUAAGGCCAAGGAUGAUUCGGAACUGGAAGGCCAAGUCAUCUCGUGCCUCAAGCUCAGAUAUGCUGACCAGCGGCUCUCUUCGGACUGUGAAGACCAGAUCCGGAUUAUUAUCCAGGAGUCCGCUCUGGAUUACCGACUAGAUCCUCAGCUCCAGCUACACUGCUCAGAUGAGAUCUCCAAUCUGUGUGCUGAGGAAGCAGCUGCCCAAGAGCAGACAGGUCAAGUAGAAGAGUGCCUCAAAGUUAACCUGCUCAAAAUCAAAACGGACGCAUGUAAAAAGGAAGUGUUAAACAUGCUGAAGGAAAGCAAAGCAGACAUCUUUGUGGACCCAGUUCUUCAUACAGCGUGUGCCCUGGACAUUAAGCACCACUGUGCCGCCAUUACCCCCGGCCGAGGGCGUCAAAUGUCCUGUCUCAUGGAGGCCCUGGAGGAUAAGCGGGUGAGGUUACAACCUGAGUGCAAAAAACGUCUCAAUGACCGGAUUGAAAUGUGGAGUUAUGCAGCAAAGGUGGCCCCGGCUGAUGGCUUCUCUGACCUCGCCAUGCAAGUGAUGACAUCUCCAUCAAAGAACUACAUUCUGUCUGUGAUCAGCGGGAGCAUCUGUAUAUUGUUCCUGAUUGGCCUGAUGUGUGGACGUAUCACCAAGCGAGUAACACGAGAGCUCAAGGACAGGUAGAGCCACCGUGACCACCAAAGGAACUACCUGUCCAGUGCCCAGUUUGUACAGCCCUCCUGUAUAGUGUACCCACUCACCUCGUUCUUCUAGGAGGUGGCAUCAACACCCAUGUUAGAGCAGCAGCAGGUGUCCUCUGCGUUGUCCCAUCUCAGACUUCGCCCGUGUCCAUGGUGUCCUCCUCCUCCUCGACCAUUUGUGCAACAGCAGCAGCUGGCCACUUUGGUUAUUGCCUUUGUUGGCAAAUUUGGGUUUACCUGCCCGUAGACAAGUCUUUCUCGUACCAAUGGAACUACCAGUACUUCCAGAACCAACUUACCUGACCUGCAACUCAAAUGAUUUUUAAAAAACAAAACAAAACAAAAACCA